AUUUUCCGAGAAACCGAAGACAAAUGGAGGAGAUGCGGGAGACGCAGAGGAAGGAGCAGGGGAGACAGAGCGAGCCACCGCACGUGACGCCUUUGAAGCCGUUGACCCACGAUGCUUAUGGCGGCGGAAUGUACGGCAAGGACGAUCAAGGCCAGCAGGAGCAGCCGACGAGCAGGCCGCCCGCCAGCGACACGUAGAGCGCCGAUGGGCCGGUCGGGCCCCCGGUCCAGCCCAAGCACAGGUCGCCUCCCUCGACCGGGGACAGGGACCUCGAUAUCACUGGCCAGUCGUACAUUCAAUAAUUUUGAUUUGGUCGCAGUUUCUGGUUUAUU